AUGAGCCAUACAACUUUUCAGGGCGAUGUCCACGGCACCAAACUCUACAUCACUCCAGAAGUUUUACGAAAUGUACUUUACGGUAGAUGGUGCGAUAUUUUUGGAGUUCCUACGGCACGUGUCACUGAGCGUUUACCGUCUUCUAAAAGUUCUGGUCUGUUAACACGGGGGAUUCCUGUAGGGGUAUCUACGCCAGAGCAAGUUGUAUUAUCGCAGUCAUCAGUGCCAGGUGCGCAUGUCGGGGUGUUCUCGUCGACGUGGAUAAAAGAAGGCACAGAAAUGGGACCUUACACCGGGAAAAUAAUAAAACAAAGAGAUGUGAAUCCAGAUAAAGAUAAUCCGCUAAUGUGGGAGGUAUUUAAUAGUAACGGUGACCUGAAACACUUGGUGGAUGCUAGCUGUAUCCCAGAAGAACACAGAAGUUGGAUGAGUUAUGUCAACUGUGCCAGAAAUGAGGAGGAACAGAACUUAGAGGUUUAUCAGCUUGGUGAUGAUAUAUAUUACAGAGUAACCAAAUCAAUUCCGCCAGAUCAGGAGUUAUUGGUGUAUUAUGGAAGCAGUUACAGCAUGUUUAUGGGCAUACCAAACCGACACAAUGCGGACACAAUGCAGAAGAGACCCACAACAGGCGACGUUUCGUGUAAUAUGGAGCUAGCUACUAUGUCACCAAGCAGACUUCGCUGCGUUGUUUGUAGACGAGGUUUCAAUUCCAGAAGUAACCUCCGUUCACAUAUGAGAAUUCAUACCCUGGAGAAACCAUUCGUAUGCAUGUACUGCCGUCGAAGUUUUAGUCAAUCGUCGACUUUGAGAAAUCACGUGAGACUUCAUACAGGAGAGAAGCCGUAUAAAUGCCAAGUUUGCCAAAGUGCGUAUUCCCAGCUGGCUGGACUGAGGGCGCACCAAAAGAGCGCCCGCCAUCGCCCAUUGGCGGAGAUCACAAGUGUUGCAAGUUCUGUCAAACAUGAAUAG